UGUCUUCGUUUGUGUGAGCCACUGGAAAGAUUUGUAGUGCGCGUGAGUGCUCCGUACCCUCACGAACACCAUAAACAGUCAGUUGAAAGUCUCCAAGGCACUUGUUUCGUUUUCACUGUCUACACUAACGUUAAUUCAUUGCUCUGCAGCAGUAUCUAUCAUAGACGCAGCGAUGCCGAUGUUCGUGGUGAACACAAACGUGGCGAAGGAUGCGGUGCCUGCACAGCUGCUUUCAGAGGUCACAGAAGAGCUCGCGAAAGCGAUGGGGAAACCCGCUCAGUAUAUCGCGGUGCACAUCGUGCCGGAUCAGAUGAUGAUGUUUGGAGGCAAGUCGGAUCCAUGCGCGCUCUGUUCCCUUCACAGCAUCGGGAAGAUCGGUGGGACGCAAAACAAACAGUAUUCACAGCUACUGUGUGGCCUGCUCAACAAACACCUGGGUAUCUCUCCGGACAGGAUCUACGUGAACUUUUUUGACAUGCCAGCAGCAAAUGUGGCUUGGAACAACAGCACUUUUGGUUGAAAGAAAAGAAACAUUUUUGUCUUCUUUCUGUAGAGCUCUAGUUUGUCUGCUCAUUCUGAAUAAGAGCACAGGGCAAAGGAAACCAAGUGACUGAAAGAUGUAGUUUGGAACACAAAGCACUUAUUGUAGAUCCCUGGAUCCACUGAUGUUACAAUAAAAUAUGUACCA